GGAAUAACAUAGAGGUCCAAUAUACCUAUAUGCAUUUUCACAUAAAGUUUAGUUUUUGAAGUCGCAUUGAGAUUGAAGUUUGGUUGAGUUGCCGCCUUUAAGACCACGCUAAAACCCUUAUGAGAGUGGAUAUAUGGGCAAUGGAAUUUGUCAUUGUGAAUAUGGUUCAUUGACUAGUGUCUCAUAAAGCUAGCUAUGUAACUGUAUUCAAUUCAGUUUGACCGAGUCAAGUUAAACUCGGUCCAGUUAUUGGUUGCAAAUGUCUUCAUAAAUGUUGUAGACUUUGUCUUCUCUGCCCCAUUUGCAAUUUCUAUUAGGAUUAGGUGUUGAUUUUCUGCCGCUGUCAUUUUCUUGAUUAUUUCUCUGUAGUCUUUAAGAAUUACAUGGCCUUUUGCGUGUAUCUUUAUAGUUUGAUUUAAGUAUGCACCCUUAAAAGCCAACUAACAUUUACCAAGUUCGUAUAUUUUGGCAUUGUUUUACAGACUUGUAAUAUCUUUAUACUCCAUUUUUAUCUUCAUUAGCUGUAAUCUCAGGAAGAGAAAUUCAUGUCUGCCAUGGUUUCCUUGUUAUUCCACCUACUGUGUUGCCUCACAGUUUUCUGGCUUCUUCCUCUUCCUUCUCAUUCAGCUGACCCUGAUCCAUUACAAGACUUUUGCGUAGCAAACCUGAGUGCCUCUAUAUCUGUUAACGGUUUUCCUUGCAAACCAGCAUCCGAGGUGACUUCGGAUGACUUUUUCUUUGAUGGGUUCACCCAGGAAGGUAACACCACAAACGCCUUUUCGUCAUUCCUCACACCUGGAAAUGUCCUCUCAUUCCCAGGGCUGAAUACUCUUGGGAUUUCAAUGAACCGGGUGGACUUUGCCCCGGGUGGAAUCAACCCUCCUCAUUCGCAUCCACGUGCGAGCGAGGUCGGUGUAGUCAUUGAAGGGAAGCUCCUCGUAGGUUUUGUGACUACUAACAAUGUGUAUUACUCGAAAGUCUUGACUGCAGGGCAUAUGUUUGCCAUCCCUCGAGGACUGGUGCACUUCCAACUCAACAUCGGAGAUGGGAAGGCACUAGCUUACACGGCUUUCAACAGCCACUUGCCCGGUGCUGCGAUUGUUCCCCUAAAUCUCUUCGCUUCUUCUAUCCCUAAUGAAGUGUUAACCAAGACCUUCCAAGUCGAUGCGGAUCUUAUCAAUACCAUAAAAUCCAAGUUUAGGUCGUAAGAUACUCGAAAACCCUGCUCUGCUACUUGGGGAACUGGCUUGUUAUGCUAUUUAUCCACAUCUGUAUCUUUCCAUGUUCUUUUAUAAUAAUCAUUGAGUAUUUUAGCUUUGAUUUAUGAAUAAAAGAUUUUCCGGAAAAA